AUGGAAAUUAAUUAUCAGCACGUGUACGUUGUUGGUGAUUUCAAUCUUCCCAAUCUACAAUGGCUGGGCAGUGAUCAAACGGUAUCAAAUAUAACAUCUACACCUUCUUACCCCAACCUUACCACGCCUCGCGAGAGGUGUGAGAGACGUGUCUCGGCAGAAUUCAGGGUGCAAAGGCCCGUUUGUGCUUAUGGCCGUCCACGAUACGGUGCCGGGCUUGGGCGUCUCCCGUUAAUGGACGCCCAAAUUAUUGAUGAUGGAAAAAAGAUAGUGCGCAAAGGGCCGCUGCCUGGAGAUCGCCAGGGCGCGUCUGGAGCUGGCGCUGGACGCUACAGCAUGCGGGCCGCCAGCCGAGCGCGGGGUGCUGCAAGACCACCUAGCAGCCCCCCGCAUCCAUCAUCCCCACCAGAAGGCUUGGUGUCGGCUGGGUCUUCUCGGACUCAGCAAGCGGCACUCGCCGCUGGCGGAGCACGUCGCAUGCGUUCGUCACAAUUAAUGAACGCAAACGCACUGCGGGCGUAUUUUAGGGCAAAAGGGGAAGAAACUGAAUGUUUGGCGUAUCGGGCUCGGAUGCAUCGCUUUUUUGCAGAGCUGGAACCAUCUCUAUCCGUCACUGAGCAAAACCUAGCAGACCGAGUUCGGUACAUCCUGCGCUCCAACAUAUUUGGUGACGCCGAACUCGAACGACUACGACGUGAGGCUAUUCCCUCAUCGAAUGGAAAUGCUACGGCUGGGAAUGCGGCGCCACUAGAUGCGCAGCAAACUGCAUAUGUGGAUGCUGCCGUCAAUAUUCCAUUUGUGGCUAAUUCAGACGAUGAUGGAAUAGUCUCCCACGAACUAGAGAAAAUGAGGAGCAUAUUGAAAGAGUCGAUGCUGAAAACGCACAGCAUGCCUCUCGAAAAUCGACCGGACGUGGAAUUGCGUAAAUUACCCGCAGGUGCUCUUUGUGAUGUUAUCAACACUCUGGAAACAAAUAAUGAUUGGAAGACGGUUAUGACUUUUAUACCUAAGAAUCCUAAUAGUAACAACUUUGAACCAAAAUACAAUGAAGAACACGUAAGACUCAUUGAAGAAUAUGCAAGAUUAAGUAAUAGGCAAUGUGCGGAAAUAUUGCUAGAUGAAUGGGGAACUUCAGGACAAAUCAGGCCAACAUUGUCAACAUUAAAAGACAUUGUACUCAAGGCAAAUAUUUUAAAAGCUGCGGAUCAGAUUGCUGCAUUACUUGAAGAAGAGCGCCCCCCUCGGCCAAGUGAUGGACCAGGAGCAGACAUAGAUACAGGAAUUACUAUAUUAUUAAAUAAUGAGCAAAUAGAACAGAGAUUUAAUGAUAAUGAUCCAACUAAGAGAAUCCAAAAUGAGUUUUCAAAUGAAAAAAACUUGUACAAUGUCAGCACUUUGCCUUUGAAAUCUGACAAUGAUAAAGUAUUUAGUAGUCGGAACAUUCCAGAUAUAAGUUUUCUACAAUCCUUGAAUAAUAAACCUACUAUUCGUGUGAUUCCCAGUGAAUCUAGAAACCUCUCAGAACCGUCACUGAAUAUACCCAACUUAAGUUUAAUACUUCAACAUUCUAACAAAAACUCGGUUCAAAAUAUAAGUACUAGAAGCCAAAGUGAUGGUGAAUCAAUUCAAGACUCUGUCGAGUCAGUUCAUAAGCAAGCAGAAGCUGAAAAUAACUCAUAUUUUCAGAAAUCUUUGCCAAACAUAACUGACUUACAUAGCCAUAUUGAUAAAUUAAUACUAGAAGAUACAAAUUUAAUUAAUUUUGAGUAUGGUGAAUUAGAAAAUAUAACAUGCAAAUUUUCUGAGACCAUUGUUGAAGGUCCUUUUGGUCCUAGCGGUAAAAUAGGUAGCGGAGGAUUUGGUGAAGUUUUUGUGGGCUAUCACCCAAAAUAUGGAAUCCCACUAGCUGUUAAAAAAAUUCACAGUCACCUCCUGUGGCCAACACAUAAACCACAAAUGGCAAUUGACAUGUUUAAUACUGAAGUCAAAAAUUUGACACAAUUUAGACAUAAAAACAUUGUCCCAAUAUUAGGUUUCUCAAUGAAUGGCCCUGUUCCAUGCAUUAUAUGUGAAUAUGUCGAGGGAGGUUCCUUAGAACAACAAUUGGCAGCAAAAGUGUUAAAUGAAAGACAAAGAAUAAAUAUUAUGCUUGGAACUGCCGAGGGAUUGAGGUAUUUACAUAAAAGUGAGCAGCCCACUCAAAGCAUAUCUGUAGAAUCUGAUACACAGAAUGUAAGGAAAAACAAUUUUGUUCACCGAGAUGUAAAGAGUGCUAACAUUUUAUUAACCAAAGAAUGUGUCCCAAAGAUCUGUGACUUUGGACUGGUUAAGCAAUAUGAAUCAACUUUCGUUACAACAUCACCAAUGGGCACUUCAGCAUAUAUGGCUCCUGAAGGCUUUAAUGGAACCAUUACACAGAAAAUAGAUAUUUAUAGCUACGGCAUAGUCCUUUUGGAGCUGCUAACAGGUUUAAAGCCCAUAGUUGUUAAUAAUAACAGUGAUACAAUAAAUAUCAAGGAUUAUGUCAAAGAACAUAUAAAAGAAAAGGGCGAAAUUGACAGUGUACUAGAUCCAGUUGUGAGUAAAUGGACAAAGGCGGAAGAAAUAUAUAAACUUUCAGAAAGUUGCUUACAACUUGAAAGAACCAGUAGACCCUCAAUAGAAAAUAUAUGCGAGGUUUUGAAUAAUAUACAUAACAGCUGA